GCAUGAUUCCUUCUUUGGCCUCGUCUGUUCCUCGGUCCUAGUCCGGCUAUUGUUGUGUGUCUUUCGGGGCAACCCUGACCUAUCAGCAAGCGGUGAUUUCUGAUAUUUUAAACUGUUUUGCUCAGCGGCUCCACCGCCAUAUUAAGUAGUCUUUGUCAGCUGGCGGCGUGUCCUCGCUUUGAAGGAAUAAUAUUUAAAAAAAAAAAAAAAAGGAUCCCAGUGAAGGGCUCAGUGCUCGUGAAGUAGUUAAUCGGUAUGGGACAGACGGAAGACUGAGAUUCCACGUUAGUAGAGUCUGCUUGUGUCGCCCGUUUCCACUUAAGGUUGUCGACGUGAAAUUGAAAACGCUGGGGGAGAAAAGGCUCACAGGACGCAUGUAGCCGACCCACCACACUGCUACGGUCGCUUUUGAGGCUUGACGAUGGGUUGUGUCAGGAGUAAAGAGGACAAGGGCCCGGCUCUGAAGUACCGACCAGACAACUCAAAUGCCACUCCCGCCAGCUCGCUCCUGGGCCACUAUGGCCCCGAACCUACAAUACUGGGUCAUUCACCUGCUAUGAAUGCUCACAACAACAGCUACAACAGUCAUGCUGCUGGCCUCACACCCUUUGGCGGGACGUCUUCAGUAAUGACGCCCUUUGGCGGUGCCUCCACCUCCUUUACUUCAGUGGCUGUGAACAGUCCCUUUCCCAGUGUCAUCUCAGGUGGCGUAACAUUUUUUGUAGCGUUGUACGACUAUGAAGCGAGGACGGCAGAUGAUCUGUCUUUCAAAAAAGGGGAUCGCUUUCAGAUUAUCAACAACACGGAAGGCGACUGGUGGGAGGCCCGCUCCAUCAACACUGGGCAGAAAGGUUAUAUCCCCAGUAACUACGUGGCUCCAGCAGACUCCAUACAGGCUGAAGAAUGGUACUUUGGUAAAAUGGGCCGCAAAGAUGCAGAACGCCAUUUAUUGGUUCCAGGAAACCAGCGGGGAACUUUCUUGGUACGAGAGAGUGAGACGACUAAAGGUGCGUACUCUCUGUCCAUCCGUGACUGGGACGAUGUAAAAGGAGACAACGUCAAACACUACAAGAUCCGCAAGCUGGACAACGGUGGCUAUUACAUCACGACACGAGCCCAGUUUGAGUCAUUACAGAAGCUGGUGAAACACUACACAGAACAUGCGGAUGGUCUGUGCUACAGGCUGACGACUGUGUGUCCCACAGUAAAGCCGCAAACUCAGGGACUAGCUAAGGACGCCUGGGAAAUCCCACGAGAGUCACUCCGACUGGAGGUCAAACUGGGACAGGGCUGCUUUGGAGAAGUUUGGAUGGGCACAUGGAACGGUACGACUAAGGUGGCGAUCAAGACCCUGAAGCCGGGCACCAUGUCUCCAGAAGCUUUCCUGCAGGAAGCUCAGAUCAUGAAGAAACUGAGACAUGACAAACUGGUACCUCUCUAUGCUGUGGUGUCCGAGGAGCCCAUAUACAUUGUUACCGAGUUUAUGGGCAAAGGUAGUUUACUGGACUUUCUGAAGGAGGGAGAUGGAAAGUAUCUGAAGCUUCCCCAGCUGGUGGACAUGGCUUCACAGAUUGCAGAUGGCAUGGCCUUCAUUGAGAGGAUGAACUACAUCCACAGGGACCUGAGAGCUGCCAACAUUCUGGUCGCUGAUAACCUGGUGUGUAAGAUCGCUGACUUCGGCCUGGCUCGGCUCAUCGAGGACAACGAGUACACCGCCAGACAAGGUGCUAAAUUCCCCAUCAAGUGGACGGCACCUGAAGCUGCCUUGUAUGGACGCUUUACCAUUAAAUCAGACGUCUGGUCGUUCGGUAUCCUGCUGACUGAACUUGUGACCAAGGGCAGAGUACCAUAUCCAGGCAUGGUGAAUCGAGAGGUACUCGAGCAGGUAGAGCGAGGUUACCGCAUGCCCUGCCCACAGGGCUGCCCCGAUUCACUGCACGAGAUGAUGAAGCAGUGCUGGAAGAAGGAGCCCGAUGAAAGGCCGACCUUCGAGUACAUCCAGUCCUUUUUAGAAGACUACUUCACAGCCACAGAGCCACAGUAUCAGCCAGGGGACAACCUCUAGUCGGGAGGAUCUGGGACAAACUCUGGCAAACCGGGGUACAUCGGCAGAGAUCAAAAUCCAGGAAAACCAACACGUUUCUGCUGAAGCUACAGAAAAUACUUUUUUUUUUUUUUACAAACUUUUCCAAACUGACAUACCUGAUGUAGAGGAAGUAGAGGUUUGUCCCUUGUGUACCUGGGGGGCCAAAUAUGCGGGGAAAUGUCCAAGCGUGCAGAUCGGCGCUGGCGGGUUGAGCUCUGAGAACUCUGCAUAUCACAAUAAUCCAUAUAGGCUGGCCACAACACUGUGAUCCAAAUUUUCAAAUGAAUGGUUACUCGCGGAUGCAUUUUUUUAAUGAACUUUUUUUAAUGAGAAGUUCCCCUACCCUUCCUCCAAUCCACCACCUUUUUUUAAAUUAAAUUUAACAACAAAAAGUCUUUGAUAUUCGAGUGAGAGCUUUUAUAUGUAUAUGAGUUUGGUAUGAAUAUGUAGGUUGAUAAGAACAGACUGCUGAUAAAUCAAAGAAAAAACAAACGGCAUGGAUUUGAGUCGAUUUGUGGCGACUCAGUGGGCACAAAAGGGGCCAAGGAUUCGGGUAUUUCCUUUAAUUUGUCAGCCAUAUGUAUGUAGUAGGUGCCCAAUUACUGUGUGAGAUGUUACGUAUGUGCUCUGACUGUAAAGUUUUGGAGCAUUAUGAGGUGGAAUAAAUGGAGGAAGAAAAACGGUGGUAUCGCGCGGAUGCAAGAAUGUACUAAGAGAUGAGCGCAGAUGUACAUACAGUAUGUAUAAAAAGUGUAUUUGAGCAGGUGUGAUGAGGUGGAAGAAGCAGGAAUAACAAGUGUUUUAUAUGAUUCUUUUUUUUUUAACGGGGUUGCUUGAAUCUCAAAUGAAAUUUCCUUUUUUUUUUGUCAUUUAAUCUGGGACUUGAAAUCAUAAAGAGGUAUUUUGCUAAUUUACAAGUGCAAACAGUUUUUCCUGAUUAACAUUUUGUAUAAGAAAACAAAAGAUUAGACAUUUCAGCUGUGAAAUUUAAUUAAGAUUGUCUUCAUCUUUCUAUAAGAUUUGCUUCUUGUCUUUCUUUCCCUGUUGCACAGCUCUGAUUGCUACAGAAGAUUCUUGUAGAUUUCUCUUCAUUAUUGCACACAUCUACACAGUCGAAUUUUGCAGCGCCGUGACUGUCGGUGCAGGAGUCGCCAUACGUGGGACUGUGUGCGGAUCGACACUGUCCUCAUUUCAGAUUUUGCAAGAGGGAAAAGCUUUAUCCAAAGCUACAACCUCAAUCAAGUAUUCUCAUAGGUUUGAAAUGCAACUAUGCAAAGCCGUGUGGUGAUGUUUAAUGAAGCAUCUCCAGUGGUAUUUGCAUGUGAGCAGCUCCCCUCCCCUAUGAUUUUCGUAGUUCAGUUCCCGGCGGUACAGAUGAUAUAUCACUUCGUGUGCGAGUUAACUAGAACCAGACAGACAAAACAAACACCUUGCACACGCUGUGUUCCAGACAGGGCUUUAGUGCUUUUACAGAUCAAAAUCUAAUAAUAAAUUCUUAGAAAUGCUUCCAUUCUCUGUCCAGUUGUGUGUGAUGGGGAAAUUUGGGAGUAUGAAAGCUACAAAGAUGUGAACUUUUUGUUGUUGUUGUUGUAAUUCUUUCUGUUCAUCACUCAAAGAACAUAUGUGAUUGUUCUUAAACAUAAAAACAUGGGGACUUGAACUUGUAGGGACAUGAAUAAUGAAAUUAAUGAGAAAGGUUACUAAUAAUGAUUUUUGUACAGGAAAAAAAUAAAAGGUUUACUCAAA